CAGCUCUGAUUCGAAACAGCUGUUUACCACGCGCUAUUGUUUGUUCCUAUAAAUCAACAAAAUAAUGGAUGAUGUUGAGCUUGGAUUUGCCGAGGAACGUGAAUCAGCGUGGCUGAGCAAUCGCUAUUUUCCAAGUAAAUUAGGUGGGCAGCCGGCAUGGCUGGAAUUGAAGGAACUACCCAGUACACAAGAACUACAGUGCAACAAGUGCCAGGGGCAAAAAAGUUUUCUCUGCCAACUAUACGCAUCCUUCAACGAUGACCAUAACUUCCACCGUUCUAUUUAUGUGUUUGUUUGUCGAAACAAAACAUGUCAGGAGGCAAAUAAUGCGGACGCCAUUACUGUGUUACGAUCGCAGUUGUCGCUCAAGAAUGCUUAUUACUCCGAGGAGGAACCACAAGAAGACGGUGAAGCCCUGCCUCCCAUACCAAGCCCAAAGAGGCUCUGCGCUGCUUGCGGGUGCCAUGCUCCUCAUGCCUGCAGCCGCUGCAAAGCCGUCCACUACUGCUCUUCUGCACAUCAACGAGUGCACUGGACUCAGCACAAGGCAACUUGUGGUUCAACUAUUACCACCGAAGCUUGUAAACCUAUAGCAGAAAUAGAAUUUCCAGAAUUUGAGAUUGUAAUGGAAGCCAAUCCACAGGAAAGUAAUGCUGAACCCGGUAGGGAUGAAAAGGAACGCUUGGCUGAAUUCGAACAACUCGAAGCACAGGGAAAAACAGGAGAUCUGAGCAAUGUCUCAGAGGCGGAGAUGGACAAAUAUUUUGGUCAAACGGCGAUGACUGUAGAUGACAAAAUCUUCCGCCAUUUCAAAAAGCAAAUUGCCCUAGAACCCGAACAGAUUAUACGCUAUCAACGAGGAGGCAAUCCCCUCUGGAUAACUAAUGUGGCCGAGACUGUGGAAUGCCAACUAGAAAUUCAGCAUUGUCCUAAUUGUGGAGGCGAACGUCAAUUUGAGUUUCAGAUAAUGCCUCAAAUGUUAACCCUACUUAAAGAUGAACAACUGGAUUGGGGCAUAUUGGCUGUAUACACUUGCAUCAAGAGUUGUCCAAUUCAGGGAUAUGUGAAGGAGUAUGUCAUCAAACAAGACAUUUUGGAAACUCAAGAAUAGAAUCUAAUACACAAGUCAA